GUCACAUACAAGGGUAAUGGAAACCUUCUUACUCUUGAAGGAAAUAUUUCUCAGCUAAAUCAGGAAUGGAUAUUUGUUCCUUCUAAAACUAACGAGCAUGCCAUUCAACUUGUUCAACAUAGCAAUCAGUUUGCAAAUAUUGGAAAUAAUGGAUUUAUUAUUGCUAGUACUAAACAAUUGGAAUGGAUAUUUGAAGAAAAAUAAAUGUUUUUUACUUAUAAUGGUGAAUGUACCACCCAAAAAUAAUGAAAAAUCAGUUGCAGUAGACAACAAUUCAUGUACUCUGAGGUCCCACUCCAAACUUUUAUCUAACCAAGCGCCAGAUCAACAGUCCUCUUCUGACUACUCACAAACCUAUUAUACUUCUGUCGGCCAGCAUAAUAAUUAUUCUUUUGCAGACUUUAAGUUUCAGAGUAUACUAGGUGAAGGUCGAAGUGGAAAAAUCCUUCUUUGCGAGUUCCGUGGUAAUACUAUUGCCUUGAAGAGUGCCAAUUUGUCGAAAACUCCACUAGAUAUCGUGGAAGAGAUGAAAAAAGAAGUCGAAAUCUACAAGAUCCUCGCUGAUAUUCAAGGAAAGUAUAUCCCCAAGUUGAUCUGUUAUGAUUAUUAUGGGGUGGUAUGA